UCCUCCAUGCAUCAGGUGUGUGUGCUGGCUGCUCUUCACCUGACUGCAGCUUCAUGGCGCCAUCUAGUGGACUGAUAGUAGAACAGCAGCUGUGCCUCACACUGCUGUGUGACUGCAUUCAGCUGACACUGAUAUGAAGCAGAAGAUAACAGCCAAUCACUGGAGGAGCAGCUGAUGUUUUGACAGGAGAAAUGAUGUAAAGGAUGAUUAUAGCUGAUGUGCAGAUGAAUGAUUUGUGUUUCCUCUCCAGAUCAAAGUGUGUGUGAGCUGAUGUGAGUUGAGCAGCAUGAAUCCAUGUGAGGACAGAGAGGAGGGAGUCCGUCCCUCUGAAAGCAGUCUGUGUGGGGGACAUGACAGCCAGACCAAAGCUCAGAGGCCAGAGCAGCAGGACACACCAGACUCUGCUGGACCUGGACCUGGACCUGAACCCAGCUGUGUGUCCUUCAGGAGUGACCGGUCAAUGGAUGGCCUCAUUGACUUUAAACAACAACAUUUCUCUGACAGACAAGUGGACCAGGAGAGCUCAGAGGUUCCCAGUGGUCAGUCUGCCCAGCAGCAUCAGACUCACCUGGACUCCAUAUUUAUGCUGCUGGAGGAGAACAUUGUCACUUUUGUGAAGAACGAGCUGAAGAAGAUGAAGAAGGUUCUGAGUUCAGAUUACCCAGAAUGCUUAGAGAGUCAGAGGGAGGAUGAGGAGGUGUUGGACGAUGAGGAUGAAGAGCAGAGGAGGAGCAGCAAAGAGGCAUUUCUGAAGAUCACACAGCACUUCCUGAGGAGAAUGAAGGAGGAGGAUCUGGCUGACCGUCUGCAGAGCAAACAUCUUGCUGCAGUUUGUCAGCGUCAACUUAAAUCCAACCUGAAGGAGAAGUUCCAGUGUGUGUUUGAGGGGAUUGCUAAAGCAGGAAACCGGACCCUUCUGAAUCAGAUCUUCACAGAGCUCUUCAUCACAGAGGGAGGGACUGGAGAGGUCAAUGAUGAACAUGAGGUCAGACAGAUUGAAACAGCAUCCAGGAAACCAGACAGACCAGAAACAACAAUCAGACAUGAAGACAUCUUCAAACCCUCACCUGGAAGAGAUGAACCAAUCAGAACAGUGAUGACGAAGGGCGUGGCUGGCAUUGGGAAAACAGUCUUAACACAGAAACUCACUCUGGACUGGGCUGAAGACAAAGCCAACCGGGACAUACAGUUCAUGUUUCCAUUCACUUUCAGAGAGCUGAACGUGCUGAAAGAGAAAAGGUUUAGUUUAGUGGAACUUGUUCAUCAAUUCUUUCCUGAAACCAAAGAAGCAGGAAUCUGCAGGUUUGAGGAGUUCCAGGUUGUGUUCAUCUUUGAUGGUCUGGAUGAGUGUCGACUUCCUCUGGACUUCAGCAACAAUGAGAUCCUGACUGAUGUGACAAAGUCCACCUCAGUGGAUGUACUACUGACGAACCUCAUCAGGAGGAAACUGCUUCCCUCUGCUCGCCUCUGGAUAACCACACGACCUGCAGCAGCCAAUCAGAUCCCUCCUGAGUGUGUUGACAUGGUGACAGAGGUCAGAGGGUUCACUGACCCACAGAAGGAGGAGUACUUCAGGAAGAGAUUCAGAGAUAAGAAGCAGGCCAACAGAAUCAUCUCCCACAUCAAGACAUCACGAAGCCUCCACAUCAUGUGCCACAUCCCGGUCUUCUGCUGGAUCACUGCCACAGUCCUGGAGGAUGUGAUGAAGACCAGAGAGGGAGGAGAGCUGCCCAAGACCCUGACUCAGAUGUACAUCCACUUCCUGGUGGUUCAGUGUAAACUGAAGAAUGUCAAGUAUGAUGGUGGAGCUGAGUCAGAUCCACAGUGGACUCCAAAGAGCAGGAAGAUGAUUGAGUCUCUGGGAAAACUGUCUUUUGAGCAGCUGCAGAAAGGAAACCUGAUCUUCUAUGAAUCAGACCUGACAGAGUGUGGCAUCGAUAUCAGAGCAGCCUCAGUGUACUCAGGAGUGUUCACACAGAUCUUUAAAGAGGAGAGAGGACUGUACCAGGACAAGGUGUUCUGCUUCGUCCAUCUGAGUGUUCAGGAGUUUCUGGCUGCUCUUCAUGUUCAUCGGACUUUUAUCAAAUCAGGUGUCAAUCUGCUGUCAGAGGAACAAAAAAAACCCCGGCGGUCUAAAAUAUUCAGAGAUGAUCUUGAAUCAGCACAUCUCUUCCAAAGAGCUGUGGACAAGGCCUUACAGAGUCCAAAUGGACACCUGGACUUGUUCCUCCGAUUCCUCCUGGGUCUUUCACUGCAGACCAAUCAGACUCUCCUACGAGGCCUGCUGACAGAAAAAGGAAAAAGUUCAAAAACCCAUCAGGCAACGGUCGAGUACAUCAAGAAGAAGAUCGAGGAGGCUCCCUCUCCAGAGAAAAGCAUCAAUCUGUUCCACUGUCUGAAUGAACUGAACGAUUGUUCUCUUUUGAAUCAGAUCCAACAGUCCCUGAGUUCAGGAAGACUCUCCACAGAUGAACUGUCUCCUGCUCAGUGGUCAGCUCUGGUCUUCAUCUUACUGUCAUCAGAAAAAGAUCUGGAUGUGUUUGACCUGAAGAAAUUCUCUGCUUCAGAGGAGGCUCUUCUGAAGCUGCUGCCAGUGGUCAAAGCCUCCAACAAAGCUCUGUAA